AUGCAGAAGCGCGCCGCUGCUGCUGCCGCGACUCCCACGCCUCAUCAGCUUCAACAAGUUCUCACACCAACGUACACGGCUUCAAAUGUCAGCAGCGACGCACCUUUGGGCUCUGAUUCCUCACAUUCGCCUUCAGCCGGGACUGUUAGAUCCUGGUCCGAUACAGAUAAUUCAUUGCUGGACUUGUAUUACGAAUACUUUCACCCAAGCCACCCUUUUGUGCUGCCACAGCCAGCACUUCAAGCAAAAUUAACCGCAUCCGACGACCUACCAAGCCUCCGGCUGUUGGCGAAUGCCAUGCAAUAUAUUGGAUCCUACUACAGAGACCCCAUCGCCCGUCAGCACAGUCUCCGAGAAGCCAUCUACAACUUCGAUUCUGCUGUUGACGGCUUUGUCGUCCAGGCCACUCUGCUCAUGUCCCUGGCCGAAAGCAUGUGUGACGAGGGUGAGGAGGCUCAAAAGCUGCUUUCCCGAGCCUUGACACAGGCUCAACUUAUUGGUAUGAACACAAAGAAUUUUGCGGAUGCCGAGGUGGAGGCAGACCCCGUGCUGGCAGAGAGCUGGCGUCGGACUUGGUGGAUGGUUUACAUAGUUGAUGCCAAUUACUGCAUUAUCCGUGGAGACUACAAGAUGGCCAUCUCGAGUGCCGAAACUAGCGUCGACUUGCCUUGUGAGGAUGAGAACUACAAUCGCCUAGCAAUACCCGCCACAACAUCAACUAUGGCGGAAUACCAAUCCCGAGAAUAUGCCUUGGAGGACAAGCCAUUCUCAUCCUUCACCUAUCUCAUCGACGCAAAUCGCAUCUACGUCAUGGCCAUGCGGGCCGCGAAAGGAUACCCAAGUAUUGCUCGGGCAGAGAUCAUCUGUAGUGACAUGGAAACACAGGUGGCUUCUUGGUUCCUCAUGAUGCCACCAUCAAAGCGAGAUCUACCUGUAAAGCAAGACGUUAUGGACCAGUUAAUGUUUCAGGCACACCUGAUGAUGUAUACGUCUCUUGUGUAUCUACACCGCCCACUUUCAAAUUUAGCAUACGAUGUCGCAGAGGGCUUAUCAAGUUGCGGGAGCCCACCUCCGCCUAUGCGUCCCGAGAUCAGCAUCGGCAGCAUCAUGGACCAUCAGAAACAUUCAGAAAAGCUCUUUGACGCGAUUCGAAAGCAAAACCAGUGUCUCAUUCUGCUUCCAAUGCGCGCCGCCCAAAUGUCGCCUUUUGUCAUUUGCAUGGUCGCCGGCUGCACUGUUGCCCACUUGGUAGCUUGCAAAGGAGCAUUUGAAGCAGACGACGCUGAAAUUGCAAGAUGCCGAAUUCGCGUCUCCAUGGGCACCCUGAAACACUACGAGGACAUUUGGCCAAAGGCAAGAAAGAUUCUGACGCAGUUGAAAAAGAUAGCGCAUGCUAUCCUUCAAUCUGGCGCUGUGAUCCAGGCUCCUGUUGCAGACUUCCAGAUGCUGGCCGAACAGGAUGCGAUGUUUGCCAACUUUUUCGACAAAGACUGGCUGCAAGCUUUUGAAGCGAGUGCAGCGUAG